UGAGCUGCUGCCUACGUUCAACGGAAGGUCUUCAAGUCCUUUCAGCUGCUUUGAUUUGGUCCUAGAGUUUCUAGAAAGUGAAAAAUCGACAUCAUGUCUUAUAGCCCAACGAAAAGUAUCGACGAAAUCGAUGAUCUACUUGAAAUGGUUAAAAUCAUGCAGGUCCUUGAUAUUCCGUCGAAAGGGUUGUUAACGCUAGACGAGUUGAAAAGGCAGGUAAUCACUGCAUUAAACCAGUCUCAAACUAAGCCAAACUGGAUCGCAGGUCAGGCAUUGUCUAUUCUGUCAGAAGCAAGAGAUCGCGACCUAAGAAAGAAAGAUAUUUUAUCUGGUCUAUACGCUGAAUGCGAAAAAUGCUUGACAAAAAUGGAUACCAAAAUUCGCGCUCUUCUCAAUUGCAAAAUAGGCAACAUUGAUGAGCUGAUAAGAAAACACCAAACAGAUCUAAAGAGGAAUGAUUAUGUCCUUCUUGUAGCAGGUGAGACUGGCUCUGGGAAAAGCAGCUUAAUAAAUCUAGUUCUGGGAGAAGAACUUCUUCCUUAUUCAGUGCUCAGCACAACUUCCACAAUUUGUGAAUUGCGAUAUGGGGAGAAGCGUAAAAUAGUGGCCCAUUUCAAAGACAAGGAUUCCAAAACAGGGCAUGAAACUUUCGAACAUUUCCUGGAGCAGCCAACAGAAGCCUCUGGAGAAAGUUAUCUUCAGCAGCUCUCUCCAUUUGUACAAGUGAAGGAUGGUGAUCGAGAGAAAGGUUCCGUGUACAAAAAGAUUGAACUCUACUGGCCUCAUCAACUCUUGCAGAACGGCAUUGUUAUUGUAGACAGUCCUGGAAUUGGAGAAUCCGAAAUCAUGGAUGAAGAGGUUGUUAAGUAUCUACCUGAAGCUUUUGCUUUUGUUUACGUCAUCAACAGUGAAAACGCUGGAGGAGUCCAGAAAGACAGGCUCGAAAAGUUGCUGGAAGAAGUAAGGAAAGUGACACUUAAUGAGAGGGGAGAAUUUUCAUCCAAGUGCGCCCUGUUCGUGUGCAACAAGUGGGACCAAAUACCGCAGAGAGAAAUCGAAGAGGUCAAGUACUAUGUAGUCAGGAAAUUGGAAAAAUGUUGGCCCGGUCUUGUUGCAGAGGCACAGAUCAUCUACAUGUCAACAAAAAAAGCCACUGCUGCUCAGAAACUGGGAAUCAUCACAGGUGACUUCUUCUACUUAAUGAAUGGUAUUAGAUCCACGGUCGUGAAGAGCAUGGAGGUCAGACAGGAAAAUUAUUGGAAAUGGCUCGAUUAUCUCCUUUCAAGGAUAGUAUACCAGGCCAAGGCCUUUGUUAUGAAUGCCAAUAGAAAGCGCAGCAAUGUCGUCAAGAAAAUGGAAAGAAUUUACCAGCGUCUGUCAACUAUUGAAAGAGAACAAGAUGAAGUGAUGGAAGACCUCCGAAAACAUCUGAAGGCUAAAAUCAGUGAGGCACUUCAAAAGCUGUCCAAAUUUCUCACGUCGGAUGAGGUUAGGACACGUUUUACCUCAUGGAACUUGGAUGAGGUUCCUGAGGUAGAGGUCUCGUGGCAGGUUACAGAAAACAAAAUCGAUAAAGCAUUGCAAGGACGGUUGCGGGAAAUCAUAGAGCAUUGGGAGGAAGAGAAACAAGUCUUUACUGAUGCUCGAGAUUCCCUUUUGCAGUACUUUCAGGAACAGUACGAUUUUGUUGAGGGACAAAUCCAGAAUUUACAAGAAAGUGUCACGACUGAUGACCCAAUCAGUGUUGCAAAAGCUGAUCCCUCUGCUGAAAGGUUUUCUACGGCAGCAAUAAUUGCUAUCGGUGUUACCAGCCCUAUCUGGGUUCCACUCACUCUGUUUGCUUUGGUGAUCGGCAGCCCUGUAGUCGGUAUCAUCUCGAUCAAAAACAAAGUUGAAGAUUCAAAGAGACUUAGGAGGUACGAAAAUGACAAAUGCUCUUUCAUGGCCGAGAGGUCAGCAGAAUACCUCAACCAUGGCACAAAUGAUUCUGUUCUCAAGGUGUUCGUAAAGAGCCAGCUAAGAGGCGCAAAAUUGUGUCUGAAGCAGAUUGAGGCCCGCAUUCCAGAGCUGAUACAUGCUGACAAGAUGUUAUGCAAUCAACUCAGGCACGAAACGCGGUCAUGCGAUGAGAUACAACGGUCAUACCAGCCACUACUGGAUCAUGCAUCUGAUAUAAGAGGGCAGCUGGCGUUAUUUGGCAUCAAAGAAAUCCGCGGCGCCGAUAUCAGCAGCGAGGAUCUAGAGUGGAACGCAGACAUGUCAUUUCUUGGUCAAGGAGAGUUUGCAACGGUGAUCGAAGGGAAGAUGAAGAGGCAUGGCGAGGAGCAAAAUAUUGCAUUGAAAAUAUGGAAGGAAGCCCUCGACAUCAACAAUGCGAGUCAGAUUUUGGCGGAAGCAAGUCUUCUGAGGAGGUUGGACCAUCCUUACGUUGUGAAAUUCUAUGGUACAUCUCUCCUGGAAAAAGAUGGUGUGACAAAAGUUAUAAUGGUGCUGGAAAAGUGCAAAGAGAACUUGAAAAACCGCAUCUUUAAUAAUCGAGCCUUCGUUCCUGCAGAAACAAAAGAUAUUGCAAACAUAAAAACAGUUAAACGAUGGGCAAGAGAGAUAUCCGAGGCACUUGUGUUCAUACAUAAAGAAGGGGUUGUUCAUCGGGAUCUCACGAUGGAAAACAUCUUGCUAUCAGAAGAUAACUCAGUGAAGAUUGCCGAUGUUGGGGAGUCCAAAGAGGCAAAGUAUAUCACAGGUUCAUGGGCUGGAACAGCUCUUUACAUGGCACCUGAGGUGUUUAACUCAAAAAGGUAUAGCUUCCAAGCAGACAUUUACAAUCUUGGAAUAAUUUUGUGGGAGAUGUGGUAUGGACGACAGGUCUUCGCUGGGUUAAAGGGGCUAGCACUCAAAGAGAUUAUGAAGAAGAUAGCCGAUGAUGGUUACCGUCCAGAGGUCGAAAUCAGCAAUUGUAGGAAACCUCCACUCCCCUGGAAAAAUUUAAUGACUCAGUGUUGGAGUCAGGCCCCACACGAACGCCCUUCAGCUAAGAAAUGUUACAUGGAAAUCAAGAAAAGUUCUGAAGCAGUUAUUAGACUAUGAUACCUGACUUGAUUCUGGAAAGUGGCAAGGAGAUACGAUAUGAAUUUAAAGUCUUUUUUCCCAAUCAUGAUUGUGAAUACUUUCUUCUUCAGUGGCGAAGUUUAUAAGCGGUACCCAUAUCAAUUACAGAGCUAUCGUGGUGUGUAAUUGUGGUCGUCUAUAUAUCAGACCACGAGUGACAUACUUCCUUUUUCUUUACCACUGAACCUUCUACUAUAAAGCAAAAUUAGACGCGGUUUGCGCUCGUUUCGCCUACGAUUCGUACGUCUAGUUGAAAUUUAGACAAUUUUAAUGGUAGACUGCAUGCUUUUCUUAGUUAAGGUUAGUUUUACACACGGGACAAGAUUAGAGAAAGGCUGUCACUAUUUUUCUCGAAUCGUGUGUUACGUGAGUUAAAUGUAAGUGACUAGAACUAGCAUUGCAAGCAUCUGCAUCUACAUCUGCAUCUACAUCUGCAUCUGCAUCUGCAUCUGCAGAACUUGCGCAUGAUUCCCUGAUUUGUAGCACUCCCUUGGCGCAGCUUAGUUUACCUCACGGUAGACGAAUGAAUACCUGCAAUUCAAACUUUGCUUUGUAUCGAAAUUACUUGAAUUGUAGUAAAUCAAGAGCAAAUAAUGUCGUAUCAUUUUCUCUCUUCGACUUCAGUCGAAUCCACUUUCAGCUUGUAUUGAAAUGAGAUACAUUCCAACCGCCUCCCGGUUAGCUCAAUGGCCCUGGACUGUUGUGCGGGAAGUCGAGGGUUCGAGCCCC